UCACUUGCCAUUAUUUAAACACAACCAUGUCCAACUCUUCUUCCUCAAAACCUAUGCUUGCAGCAGCCAGCAGCCGCAGCCAUGGCUCUCCUGCCCCUCCUCCUCUCCAUGGUCUCUUCUUUUCUCUUCCUCCCCUCCAUGGCUGAGCUUCCAAGGCUGGAGCACCCACUCAAGAGCGAUGGAUCUCUCAGCUUGUUGGUGAUUGGUGACUGGGGAAGGAAGGGGACAUUUAAUCAAACACUUAUUGCAGCUCAGAUGGGGAGGAUUGGAGAAAGUCUUGACAUAGAUUUUGUGAUAUCCACUUGGGACAAUUUCUACGAGGAAGGGCUGUCAGGCAUUGACGACUAUAAAAAGUGCCAGUGUACAUGGUCGUCUAGAGUGUCAUCCGAAUCUAACUCCGACUUUCAAUUUUUCUUCCCGGCUUCUCAUCCUUUGGAAACUCCGAGCACGUCAAUCUCGUUGAAGGAAAUUAUGGAUGAUUAUUUGGGUUUAUUUUCUGAUAGUUGGUCAAUUGAGAAUGAUGUUCCUAGUGGAGAGAGUAUCUCCAGCAACAGUCACGAUUAUACAGUCGAAUUUACCACAGAUCAGGCAGGGUCUGCACAUGCGAGACUGAAGGGCAAUAGCUGCACUAAUUGA